AUGAUAUGUUAUAUUGUGUAUUUUCAGGUAGAGAAUGUCAAGUUAUUAGACAGAUUCAACAUUAGAAAACCCUGUACAGGUACCUUAUAUCUCACCACUACACAUCUUAUAUUUAUUGAUAAUGAUGGCAAGAAAGAGUGUUGGAUCCUUCAUUCCCAUAUGUCUAGUGUUGAAAAACUGGCAAUCACUACGGCAGGAUGUCCUAUACAAAUACGAUGUAAAAAUUUCAUGAAUAUCACCUUCCUGAUACACAGAGAACGAGACAGCCAUGAUAUUUAUACAUCAUUAAUGGAAUUGUCAAAACCAGAUGAUAUUGAAAAUCUCUAUGCAUUCCAAUUUUCUACACAAGACAGUAUGCCAAAAUCAUUUGGUUGGAGCCAUUUUGAUCUACAAUCUGAAUAUUUAAGAAUGGGUGCUCCCAAUAAAAAUUGGGUCAUGUCCAAUCUUAACCUAGAAUAUGAGUUAUGUGAUACAUAUUCUAAGUAUAUAUUUGUACCAGCAGUAGCAUCAACACCUGUAAUAAUGGGUAGUUCUAAAUUUAGAAGUCGUGGCCGGUUACCAGCUCUUUCAUACUUACACAGAGAAAAUCAGGCGUCUAUAUCAAGAUGUAGUCAACCACUAUCAGGUUUCAGUGCUAGGUGUGUGGAAGAUGAACAAAUGUUACAAGCUGUAUUAAAGUCUAACCCUAAUUCAAAAUAUAUGUUCGUUGUUGACACUCGACCAAAGAUCAAUGCAAUGGCUAAUAAAGCAGCAGGAAAAGGCUAUGAAAAUGAGAACUUCUACUCUAAUAUAAAGUUCCAGUUUUUAGGAAUUGAAAAUAUACAUGUUAUGAGAGGUAGUCUACAGAAAUUAUUAGAAGUUUGUGAAUUAAAGUCACCAUCAAUGAAUUCCUUUUUAACUGGAUUAGAAAACAGUAACUGGUUAAAACAUAUAAAGGCUGUAGUUGAUACUUCUGCAUUUAUAGCCACUGCUGUACAGGAAGGUAUCAAUGUAUUAGUUCAUUGUUCUGAUGGAUGGGACAGAACAGCACAAACUUGUUCUCUAGCAUCUUUAAUGUUAGAUCCUUAUUAUAGAACUAUACAGGGCUUUCAGGCAUUAAUAGAGAAAGAAUGGUUAGCAUUUGGUCAUAAAUUUACAGAUAGAUGUGGUUUUUUAAGCACUGUAGAUAGUAAAGAAAAUUCUCCAGUUUUCACCCAGUUUUUGGAGUCAGUGUGGCAGAUUUCUCAACAGUUUCCCUGUGCUUUUCAAUUUAAUGAGAGAUUUUUAAUAGCCAUACAUGAUCAUGUUUAUUCUUGUCAAUUUGGAACAUUUAUUGGUAAUUGUGAGAAAGAUAGAAUAGAUUUAAGACUGUCAGAAAGAACCUACUCACUAUGGGGAUAUGUAGCUCAACAUAUCAAUGAAUUUAGUAAUCCACUAUUUAAAAAGGAAUAUGAACUGACACAUUCUAUAUUAAUACCAAAUACUAGUCCACAAUGUUUCAAAUUUUGGAGAGGUUUAUAUAAUAGAUUUGAGAAUGGAAUACAUCCCCGUGAACCAGUGAUGGAUAUAUUAUCAGCUAAUAAAGAUCAUAGUAACUCACUAGAGGAUCAUGUAGCUUUAUUAGAAAAGAGAGUGACACAAAUAUGUAAAUUAUUAGGAAAAUCUGAUGAUAUAAUACAACGGAAGCUUCAAGGAUUUUUAUCUGUUGAUUCAUUAGAUGGUAUUUUAGCUGACCAUGUUGAUAACAAUGCUCUUCCACAAAAAUUUCUUCGUAGUUCUCUAAUGUCAAGGUCGAAUGUAGAAGAAAGAGAUGCUACGUUAGAAAGUAGUCUGAUUCUAGGAUCUCCCAGUACUGACUUACUAACCAUUGAUCAACUGGUCUCUGAGUUAAAAACAGUAGCUAUUGAUUGGAGAUCAUUCCGUAGAGUUUAUAAUUGUACCUGUGCUGCUCCUUUUGAUCAUUAUGUGAAAAAGUUCCACUGUUGGAAAUGUGGUGAAAUAUUUUGUGGUCGUUGUAUAACUAAAAACAUUCCAUUACCUGGUCAUUAUUCUCGACGUCCAGUACCUGUUUGUAAACCAUGUUAUCUUCAAGUUCGUAGUUCACCAAGUCCUGAAUUACCUACAUCAUAG